GUAAUCUUGAAUGAUAACGUCGUGAUGGGAGUGGGGCUGAAUUCCGCUCUCGUUGCACUCUUGGGAGUAAUCAUUUUCCACCUACUUCAGAAUUGGUACCAGUAUUCUGAAGACCAAGAACCAGAAGGCUCAAGUAAAAUGUUUAAAAAAGAAGUUGAAGCAUUGUUUUCAGAGUUCUGGCAAUGGAGGCUACAAGAAAGCCCAGAAUUUGCUUCAAUUAUAGGAAACCAUAUUUUUGAUGAUAAACUGGAGUCGUAUUCCCUGGAAGCAUUUCAGAAAAGAAAAUCUGAAGCAGAAAGUUUCCUUGAAGUAGCAAAGGAUUUAUUGUCUGAAGUGAAGGAUGAAGUGGAUCAUUCUAACUUGGAACUUUUUAUUGCAGACUUGCAAUCAUUCAUUGAUGGCAUAAAUGCAUUUGGGUAUUUUUACCCAAUCAAUCACUUGGAGGGAGUGCAUAUAGAGUUAGAAAGAAUUGUGAAAUCUUGUAUGAAUCUUGAGUCAGUUGAUGAUUUUUGGAAGUUAAUUGCAAGAUAUCGUGCUUUCCCAAAACAGGCAGAAGAAAUAAUUGAAUUAUUGAGAGAAGGCAUUCGACAAGGUCGAACAAAUCAUCUUGUUUCCAUGGAAAAUGUUCCCAAACAAUUUGCUGAUCUUCAAACAUCUGUUGAAGAGAGCCCAUUUUUUCAGCCAUUUUUAUCCAUUCCAAAAGUAAUUUCUUCGUCAGAAAAAGAGGCCCUAAAGUCUGAAGCCCACAUGGUUAUAAAGUCACAACUGUUACCAGCAUUUCAGGCACUUGGCUCUUUUAUAGAAAGUGAAUAUAUGGCUGCCUUGCGCCCCAAUAUUUCUGUCUCAAGCCUUCCAGAUGGAGAAAAAUUCUAUCAAGAGUGCCUUAAAUUCCAUAUUUCUUGUGAUAUGAGUCCUGAAGAAGUACAUAAGAUAGGGCUUCAAGAGGUGGAACGAAUCUCUAAGGAUUUGGAUGAGGUUGUUGAGACACUUGCAUCAAAUGUCACUACAUCUGAAUUCUUGAGAAAAAUAAGAACUGAUCCACAGUUUUUCUACAAGACAUCGGAGGAACUGCUCAGUGGCUAUGAAGACAUAGUAUUGAACCAGAUCAGGCCAAAGUUGCCACUUAUAAUAAAAAAUAUCCCCAAAAUGAAAUUGUCUAUUAUUCCUACACCUCCAACAAUGUCAGGAGGACCUCUGGCCUAUUAUCUUUCUGGGGCAGAAGAUGGUAGUAGACCAGGCACAUUUUUUGUGAAUACUGGUGAUAUCGCUGCCUCACCUAAGUAUGAAAUGAUGAGCCUUUCCCUUCAUGAAGCUGAACCAGGUCAUCAUCUUCAGUCAUCUUACAUGAUUGAACAAACAGGGGUACCAGCAUUCCGAAGAAAUAUUGAAGACAGGAAAUAUUCAGAUGUUCCCUCCCGAUUUCCUUUACAUACAGCCUAUCUGGAGGGUUGGGGUCUGUACAGUGAGUUCUUGGGUCAUGAACUAGGUCUGUAUGAAGAUCCUUACUUUUUGUUAGGUCGUUUAUCCCAAGAAAUAUUUCGAGCUUGUAGACUUGUUGUGGACACUGGAAUACAUGCUUUUGGAUGGAGUCGUGAAAAAGCUAUCAACUUUAUGUUGGAACAUUCUGCAGCUACAAAACAAAAUAUUGAAAAGGAAGUUGAUCGUUACAUAACUUGGCCAGGCCAGGCUUGUGCAUACAAGAUAGGAGAACUUAAAAUUAAGGAACUAAGAAACAAGGCAAAAACUCAACUUGGUAAGAUUAAGUUAUUUUGUUUGAUAUAG